AGCCAGAGUGUUCGCCUGCACUAAGUUGUCCGUCAACUAGGUGAUCUAUUUCGUUUGAAUUGGUCCGAGGCAGACCGAUCCUGCUAUUCUCGUCUCCAUCGUGCCUUCACCAUGCAGCUUUUCCUGAGAGGUCCCGGGCAGGAGUCUCACGUGGUUCCACUCACGAUUUCCCCCACCGCGUCACUCCAGACCUUGAUUGGUCUCUCUUUGUCAACCUUGCGUUGCGGCGACACCCUAAGCUUCUCUGAUUCACACUCCUCCUCCAUCAAACCCUCGCGGCAUGGAAUCAGCUCCGGUUGUUCGUCUAAUCCUUUCCGUGUGCUCCACGGAGGCCGGCAGCUUUUCCCCUUCGCGUCGUCUCAUCACCGUUUCACCAGCUUAUCAUCCCUACACGUCCGCCCGUACGAUACCCUAGAUAUAACCGUUCCCUUGCGCGGCGGUGGUGGGGACGGUGGUGCAACAGGAGCUGAGUCCCGUGACUGCUACCUGCAGAUGUACGCCGGACGCCGUCCGGAUAAGGUUGACCCGCGCGACACACGCGUGGCGAGCUGGACGCACUGCCACCUGUCAGGCGAGCCGCUGACCCCUCCGUGUGUGGUGGAUCUCCUGGGUAACGUGUUCAACAAGGAAGCUGUGGUUCGCGCUCUAGUGGAGAAGAACAUCCCCGUUGCGCUGAAACACAUCAAGGGGCUGAGGGAUGUGGUUGGGAUUCAGCUGACGGAGAUUCCAGGACUUGACUCGAAUGCUCAUGUCAGGUUCCAGUGUCCUAUUACACAACAGGAGUUCAGUGGCAGCUUCAAGUUUGUCGCCCUUCGCCCCUGUGGCCAUGUGCUAAGUGCUCGUGCACUCAAGGAGCUGCCCUCUCCAGCAUGUCUUGUUUGUCACGCCAAGUUUGUUGAAACGGAUCGCAUCCCUAUCAACGGCACUGAGGAAGAGGUGGAUGCACUUCGGACUCGCAUGGAGGAAGAGCAAGCCUCCAGACGUGCUGGAAAGAAGAAAAAGGGGGGCGCUCCUGCUCAGGUUGAUGUGGUUGUCACAGGGAACGAGUCAAACGGAGCUGCGGUGAAGGAAGUGGAUGGGAUAGCUUUGACGGCUGGUAGGGCAGGGAGCUUGGAGAGGAAAAGCAUUGGUUCCGGAGUGAAGGCAACAGGCACUCAAAUCGCUGAGGACAAGGCAAUCGCUGCUCAUGGCUUGGUUGAAGACAAGCGAGGACUAAAAAGGAAGGCAGCAGAAGGUCCAUCUGCAGGAAUGAAGAGCUCGUCAGCAGGAUCUGGUAACCAAGCAAGACCAAAGGGGUCGGAUUUGGUUCAGCAGAAGCAGCACUUCAAAGCAGUGGACAGGCUGCCAGCAGGAGCAAGUAAGGACGUUUAUGCAUCAAUCUUCACGUCAUCACGGAAGGAAGACCUCAAGGAGACGUAUUCUUGCAGGUCGCUGCCACUUGGGAGGAACUGAUUGUUACUGAAAGGACUGACUUUCAGGGAUUGUACAUGUACUGCCAUACGUCUGUACUAGGCCACUAACAGUAAAGGGAACUGCAAUCGCAAUAGUGGAUGGAGGGCUCUUGUUCAGGAGAUGGCUGAUUAUCGCUGCCCAACCUAGUCAUGCAGAUUGGUGAGGCUUUACAUGGAUUUCACUUAAGUGCUAACAUUGUC